CGGAUGGCGGCGCCAGGGAGGCUUCCCCGCCAGUCCGACCUGCGCCUCUGCCAGGACGCCGGCUUCCCCGCGCCCCGAUGUCCUCACGGCCCCACUCUCCUGUUUGUGAAGGGGAAUCAAGGAGAAGAAGCGGCAAGAAGAUUUUAUGCGUGCUCGGCCUGUAGGGAUAGGAAAGACUGCCAUUUUUUUCAGUGGGAAGAUGAAAAGUUGUCAGAAGCAAGACUUGCUGCCCGAGAAGCUUACAACCGCAGUUGCCAACCGCCUCUGUCUCACGUGCAGUAUGUGGAAAGGUACUGGAAAUUUAUUCAACUACCCCUUUCCCAAAGGAAGUUUUGCCAGAAUUGUCAACAGCUGCUGCUGCCAGAUGAUUGGGGGAAGCACUCAGAGCAUCAUGUACUUGGGGACAUUUCUACUGCCCAGUUAAAAAGGCCCAGUCAACUCCUCUAUCCUCUGGAGAACAAGAAGACAAAUGCUCAGUAUUUGUUUGCUGACAGAAGCUGUCAGUUCUUGGUAGACUUAAUUUCUACCCUCGGAUUCAAAAGAGUUCUCUCUGUGGGAACUCCAAGGCUACAUGAGCUGAUCAGAUUGAAAGCAUCAGGCGACAAGGAGUCUGGCAUAAAAAGCCUCCUGCUGGAUAUUGAUUUUAGAUAUUCACAGUUUUAUGCCGAAGACAGCUUCUGCCAUUACAAUAUGUUUAACCAUCACUUCUUUGACGGAAAGGCUUCUCUGGAAAUCUGCCGAAAAUUUUUACAGGAAGACAAAGGCUCAGGAGUCAUUAUGGUGAUGGACCCUCCUUUCGGUGGUUUGGUGGAGCCUCUGGCAUUUACGUUCAGGAAGCUGAUGGCUCUGUGGAGAGAGGGCUGUGACAGUGGUGACAGUAGUAAGGAGCUGCCCAUUUUCUGGAUUUUCCCCUAUUUCUUUGAAUCUCGCAUUCUCCAGUUUUUCCCCACUUUCAGCAUGCUGGAUUAUCAGGUAGACUAUGAUAAUCAUGCACUUUAUAAACAUGGAAAGACAGGUAGAAAGCAGUCACCUGUGCGUAUUUUCAGCAAUAUCCCUCCAAACAAAAUCAUUCUUCCUGCCGAAGAGGGUUACAGGUUUUGUUCUGUGUGUCAGCGAUAUGUUUCUUCGGAGAAUCAACACUGCGAGAUCUGCAAUUCAUGCACAUCUAAGGAUGGAAGACGAUGGCAUCAUUGCUUCCUUUGCAAAAAAUGUGUGAAGCCUUCCUGGACUCACUGCAGCAUUUGUGAUCAAUGCGCUCUUCCAAACCACGCUUGCCAGCAUGCUGAAGGAGGCUGCUUCAUCUGUGGUGAAGCAGAUCACAAGUGCAGAACAUGUCCUAAUCGCUCCAAACAUAAGAAGACUGUCAAAGCUGUCAGAAAGCAGAAGAAAAAAAGGAACAAGAUGAAAAUGGAGACCCUGAAAGACAACCUAUGAGUCUUACUUCCAUUGUAAGGAAAAAAGAAAAAGGCCUAUCGAUAUUCUUGCUGUUGAAUGUUCAGUGACCAAAGAAUAAGAAAGAUUUAUAGAUACACCUCUGAUGCCAUUUUCUGUGAGUGCUGUACUGGACUGAAAUCCUGUCCUUUUACAAAGCGAUAAACUUAAACUAAGGGCAGACGGUUGCGCUGGUGCCGUAGUAGACAGAAUCAGGCCCAGAUAGCAGGAGACUAAGAUUUUAUGCCAGGUUCUAUGACCAUCUUACUGGUGAUCCAGAAACACCUAAUAUUUUAGUUCUUUGGCCUUCCCCUUUUGUUAAUGGGAAUAACUCAUUCCUGGAUUCCACUCCACUCUUAUGGAUUUUGAGAGAAUGAAUUAAAAAGUGUAUAAGUUUGUGUCUGCAGUGGCUAUAGCGGCACAAUAAUAGGAUAUUUUGAUAUUGUGGUGCUAGUUUUAUUGAGAAUCAAAUUCCAAAAAAACGGACCCGCUUAAAAAAAGAGAGACUGUUAAACAAUGUUAUCAUUAAAACCAAAUAAUAUUA